CUGAGUUCCUAGUUCGGAGUAGGCGGCCGCGCCUUAGGCAGCCUAGUGCCUCCCGAUUCCGUGGCGCAAAGGCUGGGCUCUGAGGGCAGGGACUCCCCUCGCCCCCACCGCGAGGCGGGCUGGGCGGGGCUGACUUCGAAGGAAGCCGCCCAGUGAGGGCAGAACCAGUCCACCAUGCCCCCCAAGUAUGACGUGUUGACUCAAGAUGAGCUGCGCAAAAGGCUGUACCAGAUGUUUAAGGACCGGGGUAUACUGGACACGCUCAAGACGCAGCUGAGAAAGCAGCUCAUUCAGGAGCUGAUGCACCCUGUGUUGAGCGGAGAAGUGGAGCCCCAGUCCAUUUCAGUGGAAGGGAGCACCCUCCUAAUAGGUGCUUCCAACUCUCUGGUGGCAGAUCACUUACGAAGAUGUGGCUAUGAGUACUCACUUUCAGUUUUCUUCCCAGAAAGUGGCUUGGCAGAGGAAAAGGUAUUUACUAUGCAGGACCUAUUACAACUCAUUAAAAUCAACCCUGAGUCCAGUCUCUACAAAUCACUGGUUUCAGGAUUUGAUAAGGAAAAUAAAAAAGGUUUUCUUGUGGAGUUUCUAAAAGAAAUGGCAGAAUAUCAUCAGGCCAAAGAGACUCGUGACACGGACACUCAGACAACUCCAGUAUUUCCCAGGAAAGACUCUCUUGCUGAGAAGCUUCAGCUUAUCGAUGAUCAGUUUGCAGAUGCAUACCUUCAGCAUCCAAGGUUAGAAUCUUUAGAACUGAAAUUGAAUGAAUAUAAGAGAGAAAUAGAACAGCAGCUUCAGGCAGAAAUGCAACAAAAGUUGAAGCACUUUAAAAAUAAUGAAAUAGCAAAAAUUAAAAUGGAAGAGAAGAGGAAGUCUGAGGCGGAAUUAGCGAAGUUCUGGAAUGAUGUUGAGAGAGCUUGUCAAGCAAAGUCUGAAGCCCUCCUUUCUCGGGAAAAGAUGUCCCUUGAGAGAAUUCAAAAGCACCAGGAGAUGGAAACAAAAGAAAUUUAUGCUCAACGGCAGCUUCUACUAAAAGAUAUAGAUUUGCUAAGAGGCAGAGAAGCAGAGCUGAAGCAAAGAAUUGAAGCUUUUGAAUUGGCCCAGAAGCUACAAGAAGAAAAAAAUAAAAGCGUGAGUGAUGCACUUAAGAGACGGGAGCUGAAUAUGAAGAGUAUGGAGGAGACCUAUGAGCAGAAGCUCAAGAAUGAAAUUCUGAAGUACCAACUAGAGCUAAAGGACGAGUACAUCGCCAGAACGAACAGGCUGGUUGAAGAGGAAAGGAAGAAUAAAGAAAAAGCUAUACGUUUGCAAGAGGAGCUAACAGCUGUAAAUUCAAAAAAGGAAGAACUCAAUCAAUCUGCAAGUCAUGUGAAAGAACUUCAGCUGGAGCUCGAGUCUCUCAAAGCCCAGUGUUUGACAAUAACAAAGCAAAACCAUCUGCUGAAUGAAAAAAUGAAAGAAAUGAGUGACUAUUCACUUCUAAAAGACGAGAAACAAGAGUUUCAGGCACAAAAUAAAUUACUUAAACAACAACUGGAAGAGAGUAGAAAUGAAAACUUGGAUCUCUUAAACCGCAUAUCUCAGCCAUCUCCUGAGCUGCUAAAUUUUCAGAAAGAAUUAAAGAAAGCAAAAGCUGCUAUCCUGUUAGGGCACGAGGAAUUUGAAACCCACAAGGAAGCUCUGCAGAAACAGCUGCAAAGUGAAAUUGAGCAUUCUGCAAAGCUGAAGGCCCGGAUAUUAGAGUACGACGCCUCCGUAAAGCGGUUAACUCUGCAGGUGGCUGAUCUAAAAUUGCAGCUGAAACAAACCCAGACAGCCCUGGAGAAUGAAGUGUACUGCAAUGUAAAGCCAUUUCUGGCCAACGGAUUCACGGUGUCUCCCAAUGCUGAAAUAUGUGGGGAUUUCUUGAAAAAUCCUCUCAGACAGGGCCAGCUGAUGGCAGGCACAGUUACCCCAAGAAUCAUAAAUUAUCUAACUCCAAGCACCGAUGGUAGCUCCCCCGAUUCUGACCUUGAAUUUGUAGCCAACACCAAGGCAAGAAUGAAAGGGCUAGAGCGUGAGGCCGAAUGCUUAGAGAAAGCUUUCCGAGAUUACUGUCAAAGAGUUAGUCACUGCCCCCGCGCUGGAAGCCCACUAGGACCCCAGAGCCCGCCUUCCCUGCACGUGCGAGGGACUCCCAAGAACAUCACACCAAGUUCCUCGGAGAGACGUACUUUUACAGAGGAAGGCGCUGUGCCCAAGCAGCCUCUGCUGGGUGAUGUGACAGAAGGGCUGACAGGCAGAGCAGCGUCACGGCUCCGCAGAGGCACCAGCAGACGCCUCUCCUCCACUCCCCUGGUGCGAGCUAAACGGAACUUGGAUGCUGACGUGCACCUGGAAGGUCUGGGCCGAUCCCGCGUUGCCGCCCCCAGUCUGUGUCCUGAAAGAACGCUGCAGCCUUCGCCCGCCGAGUCUAGGCACAGCCUUUCCAUCCAUUCGCUUUCCAGCCCGCGGGGGCAGGAGGCCAGUCUUUAUCAAAGACAAAGUGAACUCCGAAACAGAGCUGAGUUUUCAAAUCUGGACAAGCAGUCUUUGAAGGAUAAUGAGGAAUUUGAAUCAUCUUUGGAAUCUCGUGUAGAUGCAGGGGACAUGCCAAAGCGCUUAGAAGUGAAUGGCCUCCAUCCUGCUGGUGAUGUGACUCACUUGGACACUGCCAUCGCUGCUGUUCCUGCCAGACCUGUCUCCUCUCACUACCCAGGCUUAGAUCAGGAACAAACUGGGGAAGACAGUGAAGAAGAAAAAAUAUGGCAGCUGGUGAAAGAACAAGAGCAGAGAGAAGAAAGAAGGCAGAGUCAACAAGAAGCUUUAGAAAGGGAACGAAGAGAACUAGAAAAACUGGACCAAGAAAGGCGGAUGAUUGAAGAGUCACUGAAGAUUGAAAUGGAGAAACAAUUAGAAGUGAGUGUUGAAGAAAUGAAAGACAAAUCUGUUUGUGGUGAAAAUCCUUUGGAGAAAUACAUGAAAAUCAUCCAGGAGCAUCAGGACCAGAAAAAGGACGAUAAGAGCUCAAUAAAAAUUGUCAGAGAAGUUUCGCGAGCGGACACACUGCCAUCUAGUGACAAAGACGAAAGUUUCGCAGGCUUUUCCCAUGAAGAACCAGACGACUUCUGGUAACUACAGGUGCUGCCUACCUUCUUACUCAUGCAGCAACGAAAGGCCUGUGAGUUCUCUGUAACGAGACA